AACUUACAGUGUCUGGUUGUGCCAGAUCCGGUGGUAGCCAAGCGCAGAAAUACAAAAACGCACGCAUACUAAUACACAAAAAGCAAUAUUGUAUUCUCGUUACUGAAGAGCAUCUCGAGUGCUAAGUGAAAUAAAGAUGAAAAUCACAUUGGUGAUAGCUGCUGUCUGCAUAGCAGUGGCGUACGCUGAUCCCGCCAUCAGUCAAGCCCGCUCCUCCACAGCCACAUCAACGAAACCUGGCAGAUUCUUGUCACUGCCAGUGCCAGCGAAAUGUGCCAGACGUCCCAAAGAAUUCUCCUACCGCGGUCGCAACAUGUUCUUGAGCAGCCACGUGCCAGCGCUUGCCAACAAGAAGGUCGAUUGGUUGGAUGGCCGCAACUUGUGCCGUGAAUACUGCAUGGACUUGGUCGCUUUGGAGACCCAAGAGAAGAACAAUCUGAUCUUCCGUGUCAUUCAACAGAACGAUGUGCCUUACAUUUGGACCGCUGGUCGUAUCUGCGAUUUUGCUGGUUGUGAAAAUCGUCCCGAUUUGGAACCCAAGAACGUUUACGGUUGGUUCUGGUCUGCAACUCGUGAGAAGAUUCAAGCCACCAACCGCAUUCCACAAGGCUGGGGCUACAAUCCAUGGUCACAAACCGGUCACAAGAAGCGUCCACAACCCGACAAUGCUGAAUACGACAUCAACCAGACCAAGGAACAAUGCUUGUCCGUGUUGAACAACGUUUACAAUGAUGGUAUUGCUUGGCACGAUGUUGCUUGCUAUCACGAGAAACCUGUCAUCUGUGAGGAUAACGAUGAAUUGCUGCGCUAUGUUGCGGCCACAAAUCCAGGCAUUCGUCUUUAAGGUGUUGACGAGUUGGAGCCACGAGUUGUCUUUAACGACACUGUGAUGCUGUGCGGUGCUAUGCAGUCGUUGCUGCGUCGUUUCUGCAUUGUCUGUCUGUGUGUGUUUUUAAUUAAUUUUAUAUUUUUUUAUUUUGUUUUUCUUUUUUACGAAUUUUUGUUUUUAAUUUUAUUUGUAAAGAAUGGUAAAAAAAAUGCAAAUAAUAGACUUUAGAAUUUAUUACUGCGUGCAUUCUUGUGGCAAAGUGGGAAAAAUUUAUAGAUAUACAAUAUAUAUUUUAUAUCAAAAUCACCUUGAAAUUUAGAAACAGCUUAAUUCAAAAAUUCUGUUCAGCUACGGUUCAAUGAGACCAAUUCAAUUUUGGAAAACGUAAUUUUUUUUAUACUCUACUGCCAGUCUAUUACAUAAGCCGUUAUUUCUUAUUUGUUUUAAAAUAUUUAUACGAUUUUUAAUCCAUUUUCACAAGUUUUUCUAAUAAUCUGCAACGAAUGACGAAAAUAAAAUAACAAAAAUUAAAAAAAAAA